CUGCUCAGAGAGAGAGAGAGAGAGAGGAAAAAGGUGCGCUGCUCCAGUCCGGUCCAUAUGUGUAUCCAGAGGUGAUUUCUGCUCUCAGCGUAUUUCUGUUUAUUUUCCUGGGAUGUUCUUGAAACGAGAAGGUUGACAGUAAAUUGGUGUAACCAUCACUUGGUGCCUGCUUCCUGACUUGUGGCCUUUACAUUUCUGUGGCCAAACUACAAAAAGCCCUGGACCAAUCAUAGAAAAGACACAACAUCAUCAUGGACACAGACUCUGUCCACUCUGGCCACUCGCAGCACUCACGGGGGUCAAACAGACACAGUGAUCGCAGUAAGGACCGGCACAAACCACGCAGUCAUGAUGGCAGCAAUCGGUCCGACAAGAACGUCACCAUCAGCAGCCUGUCUGCGCAGACAGGAGCGACAGGACAGACCCCGGCUAGCACAGAGCCUCAGGACGAUAACUGGGCCGAGACCACCACGGCGGUGACCGGUACCUCAGAUCACAGUCUCUCUCAGGAGGAGCUGGCCAGUUUUGGGAAGGAGACCGUGGGUAGCGUGCAUAAGCAGAGCUUUGUGCGUUUGCUGCCUCUGGCCCUGACACUGCUCCUUGGACUGGUGGUUCUGGUUACGCCACUAGCCUUUGUGGUGCUGCCACAGCUGCUGUGGGCUGAGCGUGUGCAGUCGUGUGGCACAGCCUGUGAGGGCCUCUUCCUCUCACUGGCCUUUAAGCUGCUGAUCCUAAUGCUGGCAGGCUGGGCCCUGUUCCUGCGUCCGCCCCGGUCCACACUGCCUCGCCUGGCUGUUUACAGAGCACUGCUCGCUGUACUCACGCUGCUGCUUCUACUCUCAUACUGGCUCUUUUAUGGAGUGCGCAUCCUUGACACACAGGAUGAGAAUUAUCAGGGGAUAGUGCAGUUUGCCGUGUCGCUGGUGGAUACGCUGCUGUUUACGCACUACCUGGCCGUGGUGCUGUUGGAGGUGAGGCAGCUGCAGCCGUGCUUCUCGUUGUGUGUCACACGCUCGACUGAUGGAGAGACACGACACUACAACCUGGGCCAGCUCAGUAUUCAGAGGGCAGCUCUGGUGGUCCUGGAACACUACUAUAAGGACUUCUCAGUACAUAACGCUGCACUGCUGACUGCUGCCAAAUCCAGGACGGCCAAGCAUCUGGCUGCUCUGAAGGUCUACAAUGUGGAUGGUCCUGGCAGUGACGGUGCAGCGAGUCAGUCUCGAGCCAAGAUGGCUGCUGCGGCCCGACAGAAAGACGCCGGCCACAGUGAGCUUUACUACGAGGAGGCUGAUUAUGAGAGAAGAGUCCGGAAACGCAGAGCACGGCUGGUGGUGGCAGUAGAGGAGGCGUUUACACAUGUACGGCGGUUGCAGGAGGAGGAAAAAAAGAAGCCUCCAGGUGACGUGAUGGAGGCACGUGAGGCAGCUCAGGCAAUUUUCCCCUCAAUGGCACGUGCGCUACAAAAGUACCUGCGCACAACACGUCAGCAGCACUGCCACAGCAUGGACAGCAUCCAGAGCCACCUCGCUUUCUGUAUUACCAACAACAUGAGUCCCAAGGCGUUUCUGGAGAGCUACCUGACUCCUGGUCCGACUCUGCGGUACAACAGCGAGUGCUGGCGAGCUCUGCAGUGGACACUCGUCAGCGAGGCAUCGGUCACCAGCCCACUGCGUCAUGGCACCGAGUUCCAGCUGAAAAACAGCCACUUCUGCCUGGUGGUCAGCAGCAAGUCUAUCCCGCAGCUCAGAAUCAGCGAGGAGUACAUCCACCCAAAAUCACACAAGUUCGUGCUGCAAGUGCAGUCAGAGACCUCCGUCUGACCCUCUGCCGCGUCCGUCGCUUUUAUACACAAACUCAGAAACGGUGUUUCUUUCUUUUAUUCCCUUUUUUUUUUUUUUUAAAGAAAUCCCGUAUCGGACGUUCUCAUAUCGGACAUAUUUUGAUACGCAGCAGUGUGUUUCUUUUUGAAAUGAAAAGUAUUAAUGUACAAGACUUUGUAUUUGAGUGUGAUACACGUGUGAGAGUGUGUUUUACUGUAUGUGUGUAAGCUAUGCUUAAGAAUUAAAGGCUGCUGUUUAUUAAUGGAGGCAUCGAACAGAAGUGUAAAACCUGAACUGUGAUCAUUAAGAAGUGUUGUCUUACAUGUCAUGUGACUUGCCUAAUAGACAAAAACAGACACUAAGGAAGUGACCGCAGAAUCAUUACCUACAGUUACCUAAAGGAACCGUUUGACAAUGUAUUUGACAUGAUGGACGACUUUAAUACCACAUUUACAAGAGAAGAUGAGACACGGUGUCACCUUAGUCCAUAAAAUAAAAAAAAAUAAUAAACUCCUCAAAACUUUUCUAAUGCACCAAUUUCUCGUUUGGGAUUUCAUCGUUGUGGUAAGACCACAAACCGUGUAGGGCACCCGAGCCCAGGAAUGCUGCCUAAACCUUUUUGAUAAACCUUUUAAUGUAAGAGGGCUUAAAACCUUUUCACCAAAAGGGUUCAUUAAUCAUUCAAAUGCAGCAGAAAAACUACCUAGUGAACAUUUUUUUUACAUUACAGCCAAUAAAAACUCUUUUCUACUUGUAUUUAUAGGAUUACGAAUGAGUUUUUUUUUCUUCCGUGUCCUUUCUGUGUGAUGAUAUAUGAUGUGUCCCUGUCAACUUGUGAAGAAAAAGGCAGCCGUCACCUAAUCCUGCCGAUUUCUAUGACAAUAGGAAACCUUUUUAUUUUUUGUAAAAUCUGAAAGAAUACAGUCAUCCUGUACGUUUUAUAUUGUUUACAUUGGUAUAUAUAUAUAUUUUUGUGUACAUAAGUCUGUGCGAAUUUAAUUUAUGAGUAUAUGUACAAACAUCUUAUGUACUUUUUGCAUGUAUAUAUAUUCAUAUAACAGUGUUAAAUUUCCUUCUGAGAUCAUUCAUUAAUAUGAACUCCUUUCAGAUCUUACGCUGUUUUCCUUUGUCUUCUGAUCACCUCAUACGUUUGCUCUUAAAAGAAAACUUCAUCCUGGUUUCUAAUAAAAUUUUUAUGUCUGAGACAAA